AUGGAAACACGCCCCCCAACCACCCACUCCUCCGCCAAUCCGCCCAGCGUCGAGAUCGCCUACAAGCGCAAAUGCGCCGCCUUGAAGAAGCGCCUCGCCGAGGUCGAGGCCGAGAAUGAGCUCAUGCGCACCCGCAACCGCCGCGGCUACCAGUACAUCCAAAAAAUGCGCCUCGAAUCGUGCAUGUUGCUCGAGCGCCUCGCCAAAGUCACCGGCAUGGCUGAGGAGGCCGCGGCCGGCACUGCAGACCCGGAGUUGCGCGCCCGCGCGGCGGCGAUGAUGUCCAAUGCGGCGGUGCUGAACGGGCUGAGCGCCGGGGCGUCGCAGGGCGGGAAUGGUGGGUAUCUUGAGGAUGACACCGAGGGUAGUUCGGAUGAGCAGCCUCCUACGCCCGAAGAACGCCCUCUCCGCGUCAAGCGCUCUCGCAAAUCAAACAUGCCCGCUGACAACGCCGGUGAAGACGAUACUCCCGCCCAAGACAAUGACGGUGAGGUCGGUGAUGGUGAUGCGAACUCAUCCCUUCCACGCCUCGCCCCGGCCCCGAGCCAGCAAGAUCUCACCUCGUCAUUCCGCGUGCAGCCUGGCAGUAAUGGGGCCCGGGACAGUGAGGCUCCUGCCGACGGGGAGAACCAGGAGGCACAGUCGGAAGCGCAAGCUGGAGAGACCGGUGCUGAGUCUGCGGCUACACCUAUGGAUGUGGAUAGCAAGGAACCCAAGGUGGAGCGGGGGUAG